CCCGGGCCAGGGGGCGGGGCUCCCGCCCGCCGGACUCCCAGCGCUGCCCUUCCAGCUGCCUCGCCGCCCGGCCCGCCAGAGGGCCCGCGUGGUCCGCCUCCCGGAGCCGCGGGAAGCAGAGAUGGAUUUGCGGGCGUGGGAAGCAUGUGGAAGGACGGAGCUCGUGCUGACAGAGGAGGCUGGCUGCUGAGCCAGGGCGUGUCUCCAGGAGGCCUGCCAGGCUGCCGGGUCCCACCUCGCCGCCAUGGGCCGCCCAGGCUGACCAGCCGGAUCCUGCUGGAGGCUCCUGAUGUCACUGGGGGAGACGAUGUCCAGGCCCCCCGAAUGCCUGCUGCGGCUGCUCCCAGGUGCCGCGAGGCAGCGGGUCUGCACCCUGUUCAUCAUCAGCUUCAAGUUCACGUUUUUCAUCUCCGUCAUGAUCUACUGGCACAUGGCGGGAGAGCCCCGGGGCCAAGGACCAUUCUUUAGCCUGCCCUCCAGCAUCGCCUGCCCCCACCUGGUCCCCCCGCCGCCGCCCCCUGGCACCCCACGUCCAGGCAGCAUCUUCUUCCUGGAGACGUCUGACCGCACCAGCCCCAACUUCCUGUUCAUGUGCUCCGUGGAGUCGGCCGCCAGGGCCCACCCCGAGGCCCGGGUGGCCGUGCUGAUGAAGGGGCUGCCCGGCGGGAACGCCUCCCUGCCCCGGCACCUGGGCCUCUCGCUCCUGAGCUGCUUCCCCAACGUCCAGAUGCUGCCGCUGGACCUGGAGGAGCUGUUCCGGGACACGCCCCUGGCGGCCUGGUACGCGGCCGCGCGGCGCCGCUGGGAGCCCUACUUGCUGCCCGUGCUCUCGGACGCCUCCAGGAUCGCGCUCCUGUGGAAGUUCGGGGGCAUCUACCUGGACACGGACUUCAUCGUCCUCAAGAACCUGCGGAACCUGACCAACGCGCUGGGCACCCAGUCCCGCUACGUGCUCAACGGCGCCUUCCUGGCCUUCGAGCGCCACCACGAGUUCAUGGCGCUGUGCAUGCGCGACUUCGUGGCCCACUACAACGGCUGGAUCUGGGGCCACCAGGGCCCGCAGCUGCUCACGCGGGUCUUCAAAAAGUGGUGCUCCAUCCGCAGCCUGCGCCAGAGCCACAGCUGCCGCGGCGUCACCGCCCUGCCCUCCGAGGCCUUCUACCCCAUCCCCUGGCAGGACUGGAAGAAGUACUUUGAGGACAUCAGCCCCGAGGCGCUGCCCCGGCUCCUCAAUGCCACCUACGCCGUCCACGUGUGGAACAAGAAGAGCCAGGGCACACGCCUCGAGGUCACGUCCCAGGCCCUGCUGGCCCAGCUCCAGGCCCGCUACUGCCCCUCCACGCACGAGGUCAUGAAGAUGUACUCGUGAGGGGCCUGCCGGGCCGCCCCCCCGCCCCCGCCCCCACCCCAGGCAUCCUGAUGGAGAAGGGCUCUCGGCCACCCUUCCUGGGGAGACCGCGAGGGGGGAGGGCUCGGGA